AUGACUACCGCAAUCAAGAGCAUCCGAUCCCUCGUCCCUCUUCUCGACCGCGUUCUCGUCCAACGAAUCAAGGCCGAGUCAAGAACAGCUGCUGGCAUCUACCUCCCCGAAAGCAGCGUCAAGGAGCUGAACGAGGCAAAGGUCCUGGCCGUGGGACCUGGUGGAUUCGACAAGGAUGGAAAGAGGAUGGCAAUGAGCGUCCAGGAGGGUGACAAGGUGUUGAUUCCUCAGUAUGGCGGAAGCCCGGUGAAAGUGGGAGAAGAGGAAUUCCAUCUGUUCCGGGAUCACGAGCUUCUCGCAAAGAUCAACGAAUAA